UUCCUCCUUCUUUCUGUCCCUAUUUAACAGGGACCUUGGGCAUUUCUUGACAAGACAUACUUAUUAUUUCUGUGUCAGCUAAUUCCUUUUCACCUACCUAUAAAAUAAUUCCUGCAAAAUCACUCUGGAAUGGACUAGACCUGAAGUUCUGAUUGUAUAUUGAGGUCAAUCUGUGAUUUUGAAUAUAUAACUGAUAAAUCAUGGAGAGUUCUUAGCUUGCUUUGGAGAAUAAUUUAAGUUACAAAAACAAGCAAUCAAAACGUGACUUGGGACCUGCUAUCAACACAAUGACCAGCUUCAUCCGUCCAGAUGUUAAGAAUUUUGUUGCCUGGGACUAUGUUGUCUUUGCUGCCCUUUUUCUCAUUUCUUCUGGAAUAGGAGUCUUUUUUGCAAUUAAAGACAGGAAAAAAACAACUUCGGGGGACUUUUUGGUGGGCGGACGGCAGAUGACUUGUGGACCAGUAGCCCUGUCUCUCACUGCCAGUUUCAUGUCUGCGGUGACUGUGUUGGGAACGCCAGCUGAAGUGUAUCGUCAUGGCUCUGCCUUCAUUCUCUUUUCCAUAGCAUAUACAUUUGUCAUAAUUUUUACUUCAGAACUUUUUCUACCUGUAUUCUACAGAUCUGGAAUCACAAGUACUUAUGAGUAUUUGGAGCUGAGGUUUAACAAACCUGUUCGCAUUGCUGCAACACUGAUUUACAUAGUACAGACGAUUCUUUACACUGGAGUGGUAGUUUAUGCACCAGCUUUGGCUCUCAACCAAGUGACUGGAUUUAAUCUUUGGGGCUCUGUAUUUGCAACAGGAAUUGUCUGUACCUUCUACUGCACAUUGGGAGGAUUAAAAGCUGUUGUCUGGACAGAUGCCUUUCAACUGGUUGUUAUGCUGAUUGGGUUCUUAACUGUUUUAAUUCAAGGAACUCUUGAGAAUGGGGGCCUUACAAAUAUUUGGGAAACUGCUGAUAAUGGAUCACGCCUCAAUGUAUUUGACUUUGACUUUGAUCCCUUGAGAAGACACACAUUUUGGACAAUUGCAGUAGGAGGAACAUUUACCUGGUUAGGAAUCUAUGGAGUGAAUCAAUCUACUAUACAAAGAUGCAUUGCCUGCAAAACAGAAGUGCAGGCUAAGCUUGCAUUAUAUCUUAAUUUAUUGGGACUGUGGAUCAUCCUGGUAUGUGCUGUCCUUUGUGGAUUGGUGAUGUAUUCCCAUUUUAGAAGCUGUGAUCCCUGGACUGCUAAUUUCAUUUCAGCACCUGAUCAGCUAAUGCCAUAUUUUGUUAUGAUUAUCUUUUCCCGGGCCCCAGGACUUCCAGGAUUAUUUGUUGCAUGUGCCUUCAGUGGAACACUCAGUACAGUGGCGGCAAGUAUUAAUGCUCUGGCAACAGUCACAUCUGAAGAUUUGGUCAAGUACUUCUUCCCACAUCUCUCUGAACGUGUUAACACCUGGAUCAGCAAAGGCUUGUGCAUAGUAUUUGGAGUGGUCUGUACUUCAAUGGCUGUAGCAGCAUCACUCAUGGGUGGUGUUGUGCAGGCCUCACUUAGCAUUCAUGGAAUGUGUGGGGGACCUAUGCUGGGAUUAUUUACACUGGGAAUUGUUUUUCCUUGUACCAACUGGAAAGGUGCCUUUGGAGGUCUUCUUACUGGAAUAACCUUGGCAUUUUGGGUUGGCAUUGGUGCCUUUGUGUACCCUGCUCCCUCUUCAAAGUCCUUACCUUUGCACCUUUCAACAGCUGGUUGUAUAACCAAUAAUUCAGAGACUGUUACUGCAAUGAUGCCUACUUUACCUCCUGUCAGGCCUCAUCUGGCAGAUACCUGGUAUUCUUUGUCAUAUCUUUACUACAGUGCAGUUGGAUGCAUUGGAUGUGUUAUGGCAGGACUUCUGAUCAGUUUUGUGACAGGUCCAAGUAAAGGAAAAGAUAUUAAACCAACAUUAAUUCGUCCAGUCUGUAACAUAUUUUUCUUCUGGUCUCAAAAAUGUAAAACAUUUUGGUGGUGUGGAGUGGAUCAAGAGGACAGCAAAGCCCUUCAUGAGGGACUGAACAAUGAUCGAUUGAAAUAUCUCUCCGAAAAGGCAAAUGCCACCAAUGAGCUCAAGAAUGGUUUGAAUAAAGUAGUUCAGAGUCAUCUGCCUGGUUAUAACCCAUAUGAAAAAUCCUACACUAAUACAAGUGUAGAAAAAGAAUCUCAGUUUUAGCAUGACUCAAAGACAUGCAGUUAACCACAGGAAUUGCAUAGUAUUACCCCAGCUUUUUUUUAUUGGGCGGGGGGGGGGGGAAUCCACUGGGAAUGCAACCAACUGAGGGAACACAUUUUUAUAACUUAAUGGAAAGUAAUUUUAUUUACUAAACUCAUUCCAUAACAGAGGAGGUAACCUAAAACUCUAAGAAGUUAACUUUGUAAAAUGUUUGCUAUUUUAUUUUUAAAGGCUCCGUGUUUUGUUCAUAGUCUGAGCAUUUUAUUAGUCUCCCAUUACUUCUACAUUCAUCUUUUGUUUCUGCAAUAGAUAAAGUAAAACUAUGCUAUAGAUGACACCAUUCAUUUCCAAUUCUACAAUGUCUUUUCUUAGUUUUGUAGGUUUCCAAAUAAACUCCUUAUGGAACAAUU